AUGGAGGAGGUGCAAUUUCAGGACGGGAGAUUUGUCCGUCCAUGUGAGUUUCGGAAAGACGUUUUGAUUCAUAGGAGCAAGCUAGGCAGAAGAGGUGAGGAUGGAAGAGGAUCAGCUGAAGAAAGAAGAGGAGUCGAAGAUGAAUUCAAGAGGAGAGGGGGUGAAGUAAGUCGCUCUUCCACUAAGCAAAGGGAGCAAGGCAAGGGACGUACAAUGAAUGGGAGGGGGCGUGUUGAACAGGAGUGGGCUGGUACUGGUAGUGAUAGAGCGGCGUUUACUGGAAAGGGCCGAUUGGCAGAUCGGCAUGGUGAAAGGAUGAAAGGACAAAGAGUGACCCGCUACUGCAGAUUUCCCGGAAUGGCGGACUGGGGUAGGGGUACGGAAGGGCCAGCUGCUACUUCAGUCGCAAAAGGAGUCGAGAGGGCGGUGAUUCGGUCAAGGCGAGUCGAAAUUGAGUGGCGACAGUGCGGGAGGAAUCUGCUACUCCGCUGCGGGGGCUGGUUGCGCGAAGACCCAAGACCCCUAUUUCACAAACACACAUAA